AUGAAACAGAUAAAUGGCAGCCUAGAUAUCCACUUCUGGAAACCAAGAAGACUGCCAGUUCACUCAAUGAAUCUUAAGAAGGCAUCAAUCAUAGUUCUGUUCUCAGCGUUACAUGUCAAGGCACUAGCUAGCCCCAGUCAGCAUCUCCGCAAUUCUGUCAAUCCAAAUCUUGUUGUCAUUGUUGGUAUUCUUUCAGUAAUGUUGCCAUUACUUUUUUUGUUGCUGGCAUACACCAAAUUUUGUCCCUCAGCUCUGUCUAAUGACUCAGAUGAUCAAGAGCAAGAGCCUGAAGGUGUUCUUCGAUCAGUAUCCGGAUUGCAAAAAAGUAUAAUUGAUUCUCUCCCAUUUUUCACUUUCUUAUCACUUAAGGGCUCAAAAGAAGGCCUAGAAUGUGCAGUUUGUUUAUCAAAGUUUGAAGACAUCGAAGUGCUUCGCUUGUUGCCAGGGUGCAAGCAUGCAUUCCACAUAAAUUGUAUUGAUAAGUGGCUUGAAAGCCACUCUAGCUGCCCUCUUUGCAGGUACAAGUUUGAUACAGUGGAUCUCAGGAGCUUUUCUUUUACAAAUAGUUUAAGGUACCCUCGAAACUCAUCCAAUCUGUCAGAGGAACCAAAUAUUGAACUUUUCAUCCAAAGAGAGCAAGAACAUCACAAGUCAUCCAGAUUUAAUAUGGUCAGCAGUCUUCAGAAACUCAGUGUAGGCAGGAAAGAAGAUCAGUCAAUCCCCAGAGGUAGUAGAGCUGAUAAAUCAGACAGAGAUCUCUUGCAUAAAUUCAAGCACAAAAUCUUUGUCUCUGACCUUAUUUACAGAAGUAGAUGGAGCGAUGUCAACUCCUCAGACUUAUUGUGCUUAAGGUCUGAAAUGCUGAAUCUGAACUCAAGUAAAAUAUUCUCCCCAUUUAAGCCUGAACGCCAGAGCAAAGUUACAGGACAUCCAGUUACAGCAUCAAGCCCUCCAAUUGCUGCCAACAUUGGCCUAAACCAGAAGGUAAACUUGACGCUACUCGAUUCAGCUGAGAAGAGAUCAAAGUCAGAAAUAAUCAACUUUCCACGAUAUGCAGAGUACAGUGCCAGAAACCGGACUAAUGAAUCAUCAGUCUUGUCCAGGAGUGGGAGAAAGGAUGAGAUAAUUAGAAAGCUCUGGCUGUCUAUAGCAACAAGGACAGUUCAAUGGUUUGCAGACAGAGAAAGAGGUCUAGAUUGGAAAAGAUCUCCAUUGAAUGUCUGA